UCUUUUAUGGAUCAUGGUUUGAGCACAUCCGUGGCUGGCUGUCUAUGAGAGAAUGGGACAACUUCCUGGUGCUGUACUAUGAAGACAUGAAAAAGGAUACAAAGGGAACCAUAAAGAAGAUUUGUGACUUCCUAGGGAAAAAAUUAGGGCCAGAUGAGCUGGAUCUGGUCCUCAAGUACAGCUCUUUCGAAGUCAUGAAAGAAAACAACAUGUCGAAUUUUAGUCUCAUCAAAAGUGAUUUACUUCCUAAUGGCUUGAACCUCAUGAGAAAAGGAACAACUGGGGACUGGAAGAAUCACUUCACAGUAGCCCAAGCUGAAGCCUUCAAUAAAGUAUUCCAGGAGAAAAUGACUGGUUUCCCUCCAGGGCUGUUCCCAUGGGAAUAAGGUUUCAAAACCUUUAAAUAUUAUAUGAACACUGAUGUUUGUGUUCCUGUUGUUCUAUAUGUGAAUAACAGAAUGUGGUCAUAGAAUAAAACUUGUGGAAUUGUGAAGGUGA